AUGGUCGUUAAGAGGGUGACAACUUAAAAGAUGUUCCUUGCACUUAUUCUGACAUUUCCACUUCUGAUGGAGAUUGGUGAUGUAAUGUUUCAUGUCUUUGUUUAAAUUCUAGCCGCAGCUCAAUCUUCAGCCAUGCGCCUUGUUUCAGCCAACGUAGGAGACACAGUGAUUUUACAGUGUUUCCGAGACAAUUCAGCACUGAACUUCCUGUGGUACAAGCAAACCUUGGGAGAUACACCUAAAAUAUUAUCAAACUUCUAUAUAUUUGAAGAGAAUCCUACAUUCCAUAAUGAAUUCAAAAACAACUCUCGCUUUUCUGUGCUAUGUGGACAAGAAAUAUAUCACCUAAACAUCUCAAAUAUACAGCGCUCAGAUUCUGCAUCGUACUACUGUGGAAGUACUCAGUCCAACAAGUUUAGUUUUUUGGUAGGAGCCAUUCUUAUAGUUAAAGGUUCUGAGUCCAGAAACAUACCUGUUGUACGACAGCCUGAAUCGAAGUCAGUCCAUUCUGGAGACUCUGUGACUCUGAACUGUACAAUAAACACUGAGACCUGUGAAGGAGAACACAGUGUCUAUUGGUUCAGACAUGACUCAGGAGAAUCUCCUCCAGGAAUCAUUUAUACCAAUGGAGACAGGAGUGGUCAGUGUAUGAAGAGCCCUGAGUCUGGGUCUCCUACACAGAGCUGUGUCUACAACCUCCCCAAGAGGAACCUCAGCCUCUCUGAUACUGGGACUUAUUACUGUGCUGUGGCCUCAUGUGGAGAGAUUCUGUUUGGAAAUGGGACUAAGCUGGAUGUUCAAGUCCCAGGGCAUGACAAUCCUUUUGAUCUGAGUCCUACUGUUCUUGUCUUGAUACUGUCCAACAUUCUUCUGAGUAUGGUGACAGUUCUGCUCCUCUGGAUGUUAUGCAACACUCGGAGAGGAGAUCACAGAGGGAAGACGUGUGACCCAGCAUUUCAGGGGAAUCAGAACCAGAACAGUGAUGUAUUAAACUAUGCAGCAGUGAGAUUUAAUCCCAAGAAGAGCUCCUCCGACAGACGAGUAAAAGACAAGACCGUCAGAAGAGAUGCAGUGUACUCUGAGGUCAGGUACCUGCAGCAGGAAUGA